CGUCUGCUAGGUUUGACAGUUGCUCGACGGAACUGGUGAUCUCAUUUCUCGCUCGAUUGUCGCGCGCGUCAUUUCCCGAGCACGCGCUUCGCGCGCACAUUGUUCCUCUCGUCGUCAUCUCGUUGUUCGGGAAAAAACGCAAAACCCCUUCUAUCGCGAGAGGAUUUUCCGUCGAUCGAACAGGGAAACUCGGCCUCUCGGAAUCUCUGCUGUUGUCGUCUGCUACGAAGCGUGACGGCUGCGCGAAUCGCGUGCAUGCACGGCGUAUGCGGGUGAUGCGGGUCGCGCGAUGUGCGCGACGAGAAAUUGAUACGAUAAAAAAUAAACAAAACAAAAAUGUAACGAAUAACCAGCGCAACUCGCGCGUGAUGUGUUCGAUGCGCAUCGUCGCCGCCGCCGCCACCGUCGCCGUCGUUGCGGGAAUGGAGGCUGAAGUACGGGUGUUGGUUCCGUGGGCUCGUUCGAUCGAAUAAGAAGCGGUUUGUUGUCGGUCCGAUCUCGAGGGUGCGUAUGACGUGUCGAGGCGAGUCCGCGAUCGCGACGAGCCGAGACCCCCUCGAGUAAAGUAACACGAGUAUCGAGUAAGGGUGCCUUCCCUUUGUUCCGAUUGCGUGUUGUCGGAGAGAAUGCUUGGCACGCGACGACGAAUGAUUCUUGUUUUCGAUCGGUCGGGCCGAAAUGUUGAAUGAGAGACGCGGUAACUAUGUCACGAACUUGGUCGAGUAGAUUCGUUUGCGCGUCUGCCAUGGAAACGGAACGGGGAUUGCUCCGACAGAACGUGCGACACGUCGGAUGGACGCGUCGAUCUUAAUUUCGCAGCAGCCCAAAAUAUUCGACUUUCACAGUCCAGUAUUCCAAACGGAUAAUUGUUCGGGGUGUUUUGAACGCGAUUUAGCGACAUUUAUUUUGAGUUUAAACGACAUAUCGAGAAUGGAACCUGACACCAAAGCGUAAAAAUUUGUAGUAUUUGUAGUUAAAGAUACAUUGCAGCAGAUUAAAUUUUGCGACUGUAUGUGCGUAUGUAAUUCCGCAGAAUUUAGAUAGUAAUCACGGUGUGUGCAAACAAAACACGUAGGUAGAGAAAUGACAUUUUUAAAUAUCGACGUCGAAGAGACACGUGUUUUUCUCGAUGAUCCAAACGACGAGAUAGUUCCGAAAAAUUUUUCUAUGACCCAUUUUGAUGUACACCACUGACUCGAAGCCAGUAAGUUGUAAUUGAUAAUAAUCAGUAAUCCCAUAUGCAAGCAACAGAGAGAGAGAGAGAAAGAGACAAAGAAAAAAAGAAAGAGUCCGCCACUGAUCUCAAUGCGUCAGCUGUGAGUGUAUUAUGGAGCAGAGCGAGGGUGGCGAGAUAUCCAAGGUAGACCCCUCGAAAUCUAAGCAGAAGAAAUCGAAGCAAAAGAAGUGUCUCUGCCACAUGCUGAGGAACCACAAGAAGACCAAAGUCGGCUGUCUGGAACCGUCGUACAAGGACGGCGCCCAGCCGAACAGAAACUCCAAGUUGGAGAACUCACAGCACGAGUCGCAAACCAGCACGAAAUUGUCCCUGUGCUGCGCCAUGACCGAACGCAGGACGCCGACCCAGAGCUUGACCGUCAGUAGAUUCUCCCCGACGACGUUGAGCCGCGCCUCGGUUAAAUCCGAGGUAGCGUCCGUCAACGGGGAUUGUCAGACCGACGCGGUGGUCGAGAAGGAAGAUGAUGUUUAUGUCGCGAGCGGUCAGGCGGCCCAAGAGACUGUAAUCAAAAGGAAUAACAUAUCGUUGGCGAAAGAGCGUCCCAGUACUUACAUAGAAGACUCGACGGAAGACUCGUUCGACUCAUCUUCAAUCGAAGAGGAAGACGAGAGCAAACGUCUGAUCGAGUCUGAGAAAGCGCAGAAAUACUUAAAGGAUGAGUAUUUUACGAAGGGAAAGUAUAUCACUUAUUUCUUCCUGGAAAUGGAACGGCAGAGUUACAAUCCCACUGAGGUUUACAGUAUGGUUCAGUAUACCGAUUCUGAAAAGCCGGGGAACAAAGGAGAAAAUUCCUCUUCCGGAUCACUGUCGCCGAGCAUUUCCGAACAAUUGCGUCGCAGAUUGCUCCAUAGACGAUCCGCCGAUAAUUUGAUUGUGAACUCACCCACAAACUCCAUGAGACAUUCUAGUCCGGAUUCGAUUAAAAGCGCGCCAAUACAGCACAAGCCACGCUCAACGUCGCACGAUGCUUUGUCCAAAAAGAAAGAUCGUUACUUCUGUCACACGACGGGAGCGUCUAUGGACAGUUUGGCGAAACAAUCCCUACUUGCCGCGCAAGUACUUAACUUGAUACCUACUCAAAAAGCACGUGAGAGGAAUUUUCUUCACGGAAGAAUCGCCGCCAAUUCCUUGCUCGGACCGGUGGAGCUCGAGAAGGUGCUGCCGAAUCGGGAGUUGAAGAUCUUCAUUGGCACUUGGAACAUGAACGGUCAGACACCGCCGAAAGAAUUGAACGACUUCAUGCUGCCGUCCGACAUCGAGACCGUUCCCGAUCUGCUGGCGAUAGGCACGCAAGAGUCGUGUUCCGAGAGAAACGAGUGGGAAGCGGCUUUGCAGGAGACUCUCGGUCCUUCGCACGUGCUUCUCACCAGCAGUAAUCUCGGCACGCUUCAUCUCGCCAUAUUCCUUCGACGCGAUCUCAUCUGGUUUUGCUCCGUCCCGGAGGAGGACAGUUUCUCGACGAGAACCGGCACGGCGUUCAGAACGAAGGGCGCGGUCGCGAUAGCUCUCAUGAUAUUUGGAACGAGCUUCCUCUUCGUCACCGCUCAUUUGACCGCACAUCAAGAUAAGGUGAAGGAGCGCGUCAACGACAUCAAGAGGAUCGUUCGAAAUCUCGAUCUUCCCAAGGAAUUGCCCACUAGGCACAAGAGCAAAGACGUUACGCAAAACUUUGAUUGCGUAUUUUGGUGUGGUGACCUCAACUUCCGUUUGGCACAACCGAGAGAGGAAGUCAUUCAGUGGAUAACGAAUACAUGUUUCCCGCAAGAGUCGCCUAUAAACCUGCACACGGAUCAGCUGAGAACUACCUUGAACGAGGGCGCGGUGCUGCGCGGUUUCGAGGAGGCUCCGAUCGUCUUUCCGCCCACGUACAAGUACGAUCCGGGCACGCAGAACUUCGACUCUAGCAGCAAGCAACGUACUCCGGCGUAUACCGACAGAAUACUCUUUAAGGGAAAGGGUCACACCAGAGGCUACAUCAGACGUUUCAGUCACGAGAACGCCAACUCGUCCAGGGACGGGGCCAUUGAAUGCCUGGUGUACGAUUCCGUUCCUAGUAUCUGCACCUCGGAUCACAAGCCGGUCUGGGGUGUUUUUAAAACCACGCUGAGACCGGGUAUCGACACAAUUCCGCUUGGCGCUGGACUUUUCAAUCGCGAGGUGUACCUGGAGGGUAUCAGAAGACGCGCGGCCGCAAUGGACGACUCUCUCGGAACUUCAAAAGUUUGCUCGCUUCAGUAGAGAAACGUUCGCGAGACACGCGUUAAUACGGUCAGUAAUGUAUGUAUCUCGAUAAAAAGAUGUAUUCGCUGUUUUUUAAUAAUACGAGAGAACGAUUAUUUCGCAUCGUUCCUGCUGUACAUGUUCUCUCACGGCGGAUGCCACAGAAUUUCUUUUGUACGUAUUUACGUAUUUCGCCAAGUCUGUCCAUUUUUUAUAGCGGUGAUGGGAAACAUUUUUCUAGCGAGAUUUGUACGAUAGUUUUACUAUUACUAAAAACAGAAAAAUACCGUUGAAGGUCUCUAGUCAACAAUAGAAUUAAAUCGCUUGUUUAGUGAUUUAGAUAACGAGAAUGACUAGUUUAUAACUUUAUCAUGUUGUUUUGUUUCUUUCUCUCUCUCUCUUUCUCAACCUGUGCCACAUUAUGAAUCGAAGAAAAUAUUUCUAUGCACUUUUCAUGUUGCCAAAAGAUUACAAAAUUACGUUCUUUGUAAUAUUUGAGACAUUUUCUUUAGACACAUUGUGUUAUCUACAAUAUUUAAAUAUACGCAACACAUAACUAAUACUUUAUUUAAAAUUUAUUCAAGACAAAUAGAUAAUGUACAUUAGGAAAAAGAGAUAACACAAAAAGUUCUUGUUGUUACACAAUUAUGUGAAUAUAUAUAUCACAAGAUAUAGUAUGUUAAUUUAUAGUUAUUAUAUAAAUUAGACAAUUUUUUGU